AGCCCCGGAAUGUUCUCCAAACUGAGAUCCGGGGGUGGUCAACCCUCAAACCCAGCGGACGCCAACCCUAUCGCUCAAUACUUCGAAAUCGGAAAGAUGGUGGCGAGUGCAGGGCCGGAGUUGAUAUGGCACAUACACGACGCUUAUAGGAAAAGUGAUGGAAAGGAAUGUUCAGUGUUUGUGUUCGAAAAACGUUGUGCGGAAAAGCUGCACAAGCCAAAACGCAAAGAGACCGUGUCGGAGGUGCUUCGAGGGUCCGUGCGAAAGCUCGAGCGCUUUCGCCACCCAAAAAUGCUUCAGGUGCUCCACACGGUCGAGGAAUGCGCAGACACCCUUGCUUUUGCCACAGAACCCGUGUACGCAAGCCUUGCUAAUAUACUGGCCUACCAGGAAGGUGGUGGAUGUUCCGCCCCUGGACCUCCUAGUACCGGAGCCUCUCAACAAUCUCCAGUUCAACAAGGGGGCACCAUACCUCGGGCUCCACAUGCUAGGGAAUAUCACUUUUUGGAUAUGGAACUCAAGUACGGUCUACUUCAGAUAACAGAAGCACUAUCCUUUCUACAUUAUUCCGGUCAUGUGAUACAUCGAAAUGUUUGUCCAGCUUCUAUUUUAGUCACAAAAAAAGGAACGUGGAAACUUGGGGGCCUAGAUUUUACUGAUCGAGUUAACGAAACAGAUGGAGUAGAGCCAGUUCCAUGUCAAGCUUGGACGUCACGUUUAUCAAAAAUGACACAACCACAAUUAGAUUAUAUUGCUCCAGAAAUGCAAACAGAACAAACGUGCAGUAUAUUAAGUGACAUGUACUCCUUAGGAAUGGUAAUAUGUGCGAUUUUCAACUCUGGAAGAUCUCUCAUCCAAGCAAAUAAUUCAAAUUCUGCUUAUUUAAAACAAUUAGAAGUGCUGGACGAUGCCGUCCAUAACAUGCUUCCCCGCAUCCCUAUACCCCUACAAGAGGCCGCCUCAAGGCUUGUGAGCCGCGACGCAAGGGCGAGGCCCACGGCGCAGCUCCUUUCGCUCAUCAAAUAUUUCAGUGAUCCGGCCGUGCACGCUUUGCAAUUCUUAGACGUAAUCAACAUGAAGGAUCCCACACAAAAAACUCAUUUCUACAGAUCAACACUCAAGGAUGUGCUGCCUUAUAUACCGAGGAAAUUAUGGUGGCAACAUGUUUGGCCCUGCCUUCAGGCCGAAAUGAAAACUGCAGAAGUCUUAGCAGCUGUUUUGCAACCGGUUCUACUUUUGGUGCAAGAAAGUUCAGUUGAGGAAUAUGAAACCUACAUUUUGCCCACAUUUAGAUCAAUGUUUACAGCUCCCAAGUCGAUACAGGCGACGGUAACUUUAUUGGAAUAUCUUCACGUCAUCCUGGAGAAGACUCCAAGAGAUGAUAUACGUGCUGAAAUGCUUCCUUUACUAUUCAACGCUUUCGAAAGCACCACCAUACAAGUGCAGAGUGCGGCCCUGUUGGCGGUGACAAACGUGUAUGAAUACUUGGACGACACUUCAAUACGUCGGAUGGUCCUGCCAAGGACUCGAGCCGUCUACGAGAAAAACGCUACGGAUGUCAAGAUCGUAGCAAAUGUGCUGCAAUGCAUUGAGAGGACUCUGGACAGAUUGGAAAAAUCUCAAAUCAUCGACGACGUGCUACCCAUGCUCUGGGAGGUCAAACUACAGGACCCUGAGGUCACACUGAGGGUUGUCAAUAUUUAUCGCAUUAUGUUGAGUGACAAAAAGUAUGGACUUUCGGUUAAUUUGAUGGCAACACGUGUCAUGCCAUCAUUGCUGCCACAAACCGUAAAUCCGCAAUUGAAUUUGGAACAAUUCACUAUUUUAUUAGAGGUUCUGCAAGAGAUGUUAGACCUAAUUGACCGCAAUCAAAGGAACAAAUUGAAGCUGGAUAACCUGUCUUUGCCUUCUCCGGAAAGACAUAGACCACUUCGACAUCAAUUCAGUUCCGACAACAUGCAUGUUCCGCCCUUUAACAUCCCCAAUUUGCGAAUCGAGCAGAGGAAGACCAGCAGCGCCGAAGACAUGGCCAGGAAGAACUCGGCAGGUUCCGGCAUGUUGGGCGGUUGGUGGUUUACUGGAGGUUCACCAUCGUCUCCUGAUAGCAAUUUUCUUCGAGUGGCCAACGCUUUUCCCAAUCGUCGUUUGAGUGACAAUACUCUGAUGACACCGAAAAUCAGGAUAGCACCUUCUUGCGCCUCUUCACCAGGAGGCACACCAGGAGGAGGUUUGCCAAUCAGGAGACACAGCAGUAUAGGACCUCAGGAAAGAAGAGGGUCUGCUGUUAAUCUUAGUCCACCUACGGACAUGAUCGGUUGGUCAUUACUGGGUUCCGGUUCAAGUUUAUCUGUACCAGCAACAUCUAAUUAUCUUGCACGGAGCAUGAUCGGCGGCUCAAUGCCAAACACUUCGAGUUCUGUGCCGUUCCUGCUCUCCUCGUCAAUGCAAUCAAUUCGUUCCCGGCGCACCUCUGGCUGCAUGUCGACGGCGUCCAGUCAGCAGGGGAGCACAACCGGACUGCUGCAGCAGAUCGGUUCAGGCGUGGUAAGACAAUUCAAUUUCGGUUCCAGCGGAGGUGGAGGGUCGGGGGCGGGUCUCGGUUCCGGUAUCGGUUUCGGUGGCGGCUAUUUCAAUGGCUCGUCCAGUAGUCGAGAUAACAGCAGAGAGAGAUCUAAUAGUAUUAUGCAGCAGGCGGUUAGGAAGUGUCCGUCUUUGAAUAUCACGUUUACGGACUAG